UUGACUCUUGAUUCCAUGAUAAGGUACGGUUUAGGAAAUUACAUUUAAAUUACUUUGAAACUCUGAAGCGAUAGAGUAGCCUAAUAGGCUAUAUGUAAAAUUAUUUUAUGCACUUAGGUGAAAAUUGUUUACAUUUCUUUGAUUUAUGCACAAUUGAGACAUGCAUAAACCAAAAAUAAUUCCUUUUGUAAAACUUACUUGGCAAUAAAUAUCUUUCUGAUUCUGAUUAGGUUUUAAAAUAGAUAUUUAAUUCAUGGUAUGAACAAUUUAGCUGAAUAAAUUGAUGAAGUUAGACUUUUCACUAAUGCCUGGCUACAUCAGUGAACAGUGAAAGACAUCUGCAACAUGGCCAAAAUCUUGGGUAGGUCUAUACUUUAUAAUUUUUUAUUAAUUUGCAACCAUGGUAAUAGCCUAUCAUAAACAGGAAAAUCUCUGUUUUGACCUGAUCAGAAGGAUAAACUAAAAUCUAAAAGCUCCUCUGGUUUCACAGCUGCACUGGCAGAUUUAUGAAAUAUUUAGAAAUAUUUCGUCUUUCUGCCAUUCCAGGAAAUGUCAUUUUAUGUCUUUCAUUUUUUUCCAACCUCGAUUUUUUUUUUUUUUUUGACUUUUUACAUGUAUAAGGGAUUAAUUUGCAAUUGCGACCUGUACAAAUGUUUAAGACAGUAAAACACUUAAAAAAAUGUAAACACAUUAUAAAUGUUAGAAAGUAUAGGUUUUCACCAUUGCUGUGUUCAGGAUUUUUUUUUGGGCGGAGCUAAAACGGUGGCUCGAUGACGCACUGGAGCCACUGAGCUCCUGGCCCCUCCCCAAACAACAUAACUAGAGCACACAUUCGCGUCAGUUCGCCGUUCAAUCGCGAGUUUCUGUGGACUACCAUCGUUUAAAAUGUUGGCAAGAGGCGAUGAGAUAUUUGGUGCGCUUCCAAACAGGUUCUAGCGUUGAAACGACGGACGAUGACAAGAAGAGAAAGAGAAAGAGAAUCUCAAAUUCCAAGUACAGACCCCAGGCCUCUUCUGAUGAAGAGGAGUCUAGUCUUCCAGAUGCACCAGCAGUGCUGUCGUUUGGACAACCUCUUUUGAGCUUUGAAAACAUUGUUCCUGGUAACAAGGUUUCAGUGCUGCCCGAUGCUCCAGAAGUUGCAUCGAUUCCAGAAAACCAGGAAAAUGUUGUGCCAUCUGUAGACUUCAGAGGUGAACCAGGUUUCUCCCCAGAAAUUCAGACUCCACUUCACAGAGCCAAGAGUUUGAGUACAAGACACUUGACUGGUUACUCGCCGCAGCAGUUUCUGGAUGAAAGGUGUCGAGCUCGUCAAGUACUAAGCUUUACACCCCCAGCAGCAAAUUUACCCUGGCAGCAUAUGGGUGAAAACGCUGGAGGAGAAAGUCAUCGCUCUGUAAUUGGCCCUUGGACUCCCCUGGCAUCUCGUGUACAGCAUGAAGUUUUCAGCUAUGAAGAUUUCCAGAGACUCCAGAAUGAAAAACAAGCCGUGAUGGAGGAGAACCAAGCCCUUAGGGAGGAGAACCAAGCCCUGAGGGAGGAGAACCAAGCUCUGAGGGAGGAGAACCAAGCUCUGAGGGAAAGCACUGCACGAGCAGCUUCGGAUGACAGCGGCUCACUUCAAGAGCAGGUGAAGCAAGUUGGGACAAUGUUGAAGACGUUUGCUCGCACUGGGCAAUCAGGUGCAGAUCAGACCUUAAUGCUGAGACGUCUUGGAGAGUUUGGCGAUGUUGUGCGUAGCAUGGACAACAAAAUGGACACUAUGCUGCAACAUUUCAGUGCCAAUGUGUCUGUUGGAGAGUUAUCCCUGCCAGGGGAUCUGUUACUCCCCCUAGACACCCAGGAAGAUUUGGCGUUGCUUGACAACAGUUUGAGGCAGGAUAAAGAGCUCCAGGAACGAUUUCUUCGGUUUUUGGCAAUCAAAUGUGGGAGGGACCUAAAGACAACCGUCUGGCGGAUGCUUCAAAGUAUCUUCUCUAAUCACCUUUCCAUCAAUACAACCUGGACUGGAGUUGGGGAUAAAGAAUGUGUUAGAGACAUGUUCCUGAAGACCAUUGUUCAAAGAGCCAUCCGGAAGAACCCGGCAACACAGGAUGCCACUGAUGAAGCCAUCCAGGUUAACGUUACGCGUUACCUGAAAGGAGCAUCUGACCGUGAAGGCGGAAAAAGGCGCCGCACAGCUGAGAGGGACCCACAGCCGACCCCUUAAACCUAGGCUGACUACUGACAUCCCAGCAUCACUGACAACUGGAACCCUUUCUUUAUCCUGCAGUCAGUAACAUCAAGACCCCUAAAGAAGCCAGAAGUGUCAGACUGCACUCCCCAAUCCACACUGUUCACUGUGGAUAUUAUCAUAGUGCUUAACUUAUUAUAUUGUUAAAUAUAGCUUGUAAAUCCUUGUGCCACAGGUCAGCAUUGCAGUUAUAUCUGUUCUACUACUUUUUUUACCUCAGUAUUUUUUAUAUAUAUUUGAAGAUGUUUAUCACAGAUACAAGAGACAUCUUGUACCCCAGGUCAGCAAUGCCAUUAUAAUGGUCUAUUCUACUCCAGAGCUUUAUUCUAAAUUAUUACCACUUAUCUUAUUGUUAGAAAUGGCUUGUAAAUGUGAUGUUAUACC